ACCAGGCUGGGAGGCUGCGCGUGCGCGGGGGCCCAGCCGGCUCCGGCGGGCGCGGUGCGUCCCUGAGGCUGGAGGUCGGGGUUUGUCAGCGGCCGCGAUGACCCAGGCGGAGAAGGGGGACGCUGAGAACGGGAAGGAGAAGGGCGGAGAGAAGGAGAAGGAGCAGCGCGGCGUGAAACGACCCAUCGUGCCCGCGCUGGUGCCGGAGUCGCUGCAGGAGCAAAUCCAGAGCAACUUCAUUGUUGUCAUACACCCAGGUUCAACAACCUUAAGGAUUGGGCGAGCUACAGACACACUUCCUGCUAGCAUUCCUCAUGUAAUUGCACGAAGGCACAAACAACAAGGGCAGCCACUAUACAAGGACAACUGGCUCCUAAGGGAAGGACUAAAUAAACCAGAAAGUAAUGAACAAAGACAAAAUGGCCUUAAAAUGGUGGAUCAAGCAAUAUGGUCUAAAAAGAUGUCAAACGGUACAAGACGGAUUCCUGUGUCCCCUGAACAGGCACGCUCCUACAACAAGCAGAUGCGACCUGCAAUUUUAGAUCACUGUUCUGGAAAUAAGUGGACAAACACAUCUCAUCACCCUGAGUUUUUGGUGGGAGAAGAGGCCUUGUAUGUUAAUCCAUUGGACUGUUAUAAUAUUCACUGGCCUAUCAGAAGAGGUCAGUUAAAUAUUCACCCAGGACCUGGGGGCUCCCUUACGGCUGUUCUGGCAGAUAUUGAAGUAAUAUGGUCUCACGCAAUACAAAAAUACUUGGAAAUUCCACUCAAAGAUUUAAAGUAUUAUAGAUGUAUCUUGCUGAUUCCUGAUAUCUAUAAUAAACAGCAUGUGAAAGAACUAGUGAAUAUGAUCUUAAUGAAGAUGGGUUUUUCAGGGAUUGUGGUCCAUCAGGAGUCUGUGUGUGCCACCUUUGGAAGUGGUUUAAGCAGCACUUGUAUCGUAGAUGUUGGAGAUCAGAAGACAAGUGUGUGUUGUGUGGAGGAUGGGGUCUCUCAUCGGAAUACUCGGCUCUGUCUGGCGUAUGGGGGCUCUGACGUGUCAAGGUGUUUCUACUGGCUGAUGCAGCGAGCUGGGUUCCCUUACCGAGAAUGCCAGCUAACAAAUAAAAUGGAUUGUCUUCUUCUACAGCACCUUAAAGAAACUUUUUGUCAUUUAGAUCAGGACAUCUCUGGGCUUCAGGAUCAUGAGUUUCAGAUUCGACAUCCGGAUUCCCCUGCCCUACUUUACCAGUUUCGAUUAGGAGAUGAAAAACUCCAGGCUCCAAUGGCUUUGUUUUACCCAGCAACUUUUGGAAUUGUUGGACAGAAGAUGACAACCUUGCAGCACAGAUCCCAGGGUGACCCUGAGGAUCCUCAUGAUGAGCAUUAUCUGCUGGCCACGCAGAGCAAGCAAGAACAGUCUGCAAAAGCUACUGCUGACCGAAAGUCUGCAUCCAAACCCAUUGGAUUUGAAGGUGAUCUUCGUGGCCAGUCCUCUGAUCUUCCAGAAAGACUCCAUGCCCAGGAGGUGGAUUUGGGAUCCUCCCAGGGAGACUGUUUGAUGGCCGGCAAUGAAUCUGAGGAGGCUCUCACAGCACUGAUGUCCAGGAAGACUGCCAUCUCGCUGUUUGAAGGGAAGGCCCUGGGCCUGGAUAAAGCCAUUCUUCACAGCAUAGACUGCUGUUCAUCUGAUGAUACCAAAAAGAAGAUGUACAGUUCCAUCCUGGUGGUAGGAGGUGGUUUGAUGUUUCAUAAAGCUCAAGAAUUUCUGCAGCACAGAAUUCUCAACAAAAUGCCACCUUCAUUCAGGCGAAUUAUUGAGAAUGUGGACGUGAUCACAAGGCCCAAGGACAUGGAUCCCCGGCUGAUUGCAUGGAAAGGAGGGGCCGUGCUGGCUUGUUUGGACACGACACAGGAGCUGUGGAUCUAUCAGAGAGAAUGGCAGCGCUUUGGUGUCCGCAUGUUACGAGAGCGAGCUGCUUUUGUGUGGUGAAAGUGGGCAGGAAGUCAGUGUUGAAGACCAAAAAUAAGCAUCCUGGUAUAAAGACUCUUAAAGAAUAUAUGUAUUUUAAUUUAUUGACUCAGAUGCUUAAGUUUCAUGGAAAAUAAAUGAAUUUUAACUUUUAUGUUGACA